AUGCGACUUAAUGUGAAUAUGAGAUUGAGUGCAUCAUCUAUACCGGCUGAACAAAAAGAAAUUGCAGAUUUUGGUAAAUGGAUACUAUCAAUUGGUGACGAUGAUGACAAUGCAGAUGGAGAUGGUCAGAGCAAUAUUAAAAUCCCUGAAGACUUGCUUAUAACUGAUACUACAAAUCCGUUGAUGUCUUUGGUCGAUUUUGUAUAUCCAAACUUUCUGGAUAAUAUUAACAAUCCACAAUUUUUUCAAGAAAGAGGAAUUCUUGCCCCGACUCUUGAAUCAGUUGAGUAUGUUAAUGAUUAUCUUAUGUCACUGAUUCCCGGUGAUGAGAGAGAGUUUUUAAGCUCUGACUCCUGUGUUCGAUCAGAUGAAAAUUCUGAGAUUCAAGGAGAUUGGUUCACAACAGAAUUUUUAAAUGAUAUCAAGGUUUCGGGGAUUCCUAAUCACAAGUUGAAACUAAAAGUGGGAUGUCCUGUUAUGCUCCUGAGAAAUGUUGAUCAGGCAAAAGGUUUAUGUAAUGGUACGAGGUUAACAGUGACCCACCUAGGGAAGAAAAGUAUAAGUGCUACGGUCAUUACAGGAAAAAAUGCGGGGGAUAAAAUAUUUAUUCCUAGAUUUGAUUUGCUACCAAGUGAUCCUGGCCUACCAUUUAAAUUUAAGCGUAGGCAAUUUCCAAUAACUCUUUGUUUUGCAAUGACCAUCAAUAAAAGUCAAGGCCAGUCUUUAUCUCAUGUAGGCAUUUAUCUUCCGAAGCCCGUUUUCACUCACGGACAACUUUAUGUUGCUGUCUCUCGCGUUACAUCUAGAAAGGGAUUGAAGUUGUUGAUUUUGGAUGAAGAUGAUAAUAUUUGUAGUGAGACCACAAAUGUUGUCUAUCGCGAAGUUUUUCAGAACGUAUAAAGAUUUCUAAACUUUUCAGUUCAGACUAUUAUGAAUAACAGAUGACUAUUAUGAAACACGCUUCAAAAUAAUAUGUUGAAGUUUCAAAUAGUGUUGACAAUUGUUUUAUUUAUUUCUCCUGUUGAAUCGUUUUUUUUAUAAGAAAACAUUUAUAUUUUGUUAAGGUGGAUUAUGUAUAAGUGGUAUACACAACCAACUACAGUGAUAUAAAAAUAACUUUCAUCGAUAUUAUGCGAAGAUGCAUCGAGAUGUGUGAGCUCAUGUAGCACAAAUCCGUUAUUACUUUAAAUGAGAUUCACCGUUUGAUGAUA